AUGUCUCUCUUUCUUUUUUCCUUGUCUUUUUUUACUCUUAUAUUUACAUUUCCUUUCUCUCCAUUUUCUCACUAUUGUCUCAUUCACCUCUUUUUUCUUUCCUGCUUUCUUCAUAAUUCAUUAAAUUCAUUCAUUCAUUUAUUAUCUAAGUUUCUCUUUUCAUCGUCAAACACAUUUUGUCAUAUCAAUUCAUUCUGGAAUUUUAUUUCCAUUGUUUCAUUCACUAUCUCUUGUUUCUUUCUUUCUUUGUCUAUAAUUCAUUCAUUCAUUCAUUCAUUCAUUCAUUCCUUUGUUCAUUCAUUCAUUCAUUCAUUAUCUAAGUUUUACCAUUCUCUUUUUUUAUAUCAAUUCCUUCUGCAAAUUUUUUUCCAUGGUCUCAUUCGCUCUCUCUCUUGUUUCUUUCUUCCUUUUUUCUGUAAUUCAUUCAUUCCUUCGUUCUUUUGUUAUAUAAAAUUUUUUUCCAUUCUCUCAUUCACUCUCUGUGGUUUUUUUCUUCCUUUUCCUAUAAUUCAUUUAUUUAUUUGUUCAUUCAUUUAUUAUCUAAGUGUUGCUGUUCUCUUUUGUCAUAUCAAUUCCUUCUGGAAUUUUUUUCCAUUUUCAUUCAUUCAUUCAUUAUCUAAGUUUUACCAUUCUUUUUUUUUAUAUCAAUUCCUUCUGGAAAUAUUUUCCCACUGUCUCAUUCGCUCACUUUCUUUUAUUUUUCUUCAUUCAUUCAUUCCUUUGUUCUCUCAUUCACUUACUAUCUUUUUUCCUGCUUUCACCAUCAUUCAUAGACAUCUUCAUGCUUUCAUUCUUUCUUUCAUUCACAAUCUAAUUUUACCAUUCUCUUUUUUCAUAUUAAUUCCUUUUGGAAAUUUUUUUCCAUUGUCUCAUUCGCUCUCUCUCUUGUUUUUUUUUCCUUUUUCUAUAAUUCAUUCAUUCAUUCCUUUGUUCAUUCAUUCAUUAUCUAAGUUUUACCAUUCUUUUAUUUUUUUUUAUAUCAAUUCCUUCUGGAAAUAUUUUUCUACUGUCUCAUUUGCUUUCUCUCUUGAUUUUUCUUCCUUUUUCUAUAAUUCAUUUAUUCAUCCCUUCAUUCUUUUGUCAUAUAAGUUUCUUUUCUAUACUCUCAUUCACUUAGUUUUUUUCCUGCUUUCACCAUCGUUCAUAGACAUCUUCAUGCAUUCAUUCUUUCUUUCAUUCACUAUCUAA